AUAGUUCAAAAAUAUUCUUUGUUUGCCCUUCACUUUAAGCUGCCGCCCUUUGCCUACAAUACAAUAUUUGCUUCUUCCUUCCAACGGUAACCCUUUGUUGGGGGUUGGGUUUUCUUCCCAGAAUUUCAAAAGCUAGCAGAAAGUGUUGAAAGAAUCGCAAGCUAUCGAAACAUGGAAUUGCCACACACACUGAUUUACGUGGUUUAUCUGUUUCGACGAAUUAUUUAAAAAUAGCCAAACUCUACUUAAAUAUAUGGCAUACACACACGAUAACUAUGAAUAAUAUUAUUUAUAGAUGAAUCCCUUAUAUAUUUCAAUAUUCCCUUUAAAUCAAUGGGCUAACUGGACAUCAACAAAAUGUAUAGGAUUAGUUUUCGAACCCCUUCCUCAAGGUUUUGGGAUCACAAAAAAAAAAAUCUCUCGUCCUCACAUUGCAAAGAGGUCAUAUGUGUCGCGAGCCUGCUUUUCUCGAUGGAAGCCUACAAAAAAGGACCAAAACACAAUAAAUCUAUCCAUUAUUAAAGCAAGUUCAUACAAGAAGGACCUCAUUGUCACUUCAUCCCUCUUCUUUCCGUCAAGCACUAAAUCUCAAUUUCUUCUUCACUUAUUACUGGCUUCUAAAGUUAGUGUGACGUUUCAUAAUAGAAAAAAUGUUAAAAAGAGUUUUGAUCGAAAUUCUGGAAUGAUAAAAGGUUAAAUACAAGAGUACCUGAUGAGCCCAAACAUGAAACAACAUACAGACAAGCCCACCCACGCGCAAAGGAAUCAUUGUGAACUUACAAGAGAGAGCGGAACUAUAUAAAAAAACGAAAAACCUCCAAAUGCAAGCCCAAAUUACAUAAAAGCCCAAUCCACUAAUAAUCCCACAACAACCUACAGCCAACAAAACCACCCACCCUUGCAUCCCACACUGUCGCCGCUAAACACCGCCGGAGAUGUCGCCAUCGCCAUCGUCCUUAUUUUGGGCACACGCCGCCAUUCCCUUGUUUUGCUUCUCUCUACAAUAGCUAGCGCUCAUUCAUCAGCAUUCAGCAUGUUCUGUUACACUUUGGUAAAGUAAAUGUUGAAGAAUGAAGGGGGUGAAUGAAAUCAAUCAGACGCUCUUGUCCUAAUGUACGGCUGCCAGUUUUCUGGGUUUUGUUUAUAGUUGGCUAGUUGCUGCUUUUCUGGUUAACUUUGUCCUGUACUGGAGGUGGUGGGGGGACUCCAUCCCUUCCUUUUUAUGUUGUUUGUUUGUUUGUUAUGGCGGAGGCCCGUGACUUCCCGACUUCUGAUCUCUAGUUGGUGAGGUAUAUAUAUUUGUUGUAUGAAUGAAUGCAAGGAGGGGAAAUUCUGUCACCUUCUGCACCAUCAUAUUAUAAUAAUGAACCAAGUAACCAACCCUACAGGUGGAACAUGUAUGCACGUCCCUCCAAACUGUAUAGUCAGGUACUGAUUCACGGACGGGACUUAGGAGUGUGUGAAUACUAUCCAUAGACUGUGGCCACAUCUACCAUGCAAGCGCAAGGAAGCAAAAGUGACCAACCAAAGACUCGUGUUCACGUGCUACAGCCUCACUUGUCUUCCUUGCUUCCCUUCUCCUCCCUCCCCCUUUUCACCGUUACAAGGCAGCUGAGAUUAUGAUGUUGAUGAUUAACUGAGAAGUGAAAUACCCAAUCAGCAGAGUCAUCACAAUCUUGUGCAGCUGCUGCAGAAGAGAAGAGAAGUGGCGAUGGGGAGAAGGUUAAACCCUGUACUUACGAACCCAUUCCAUGAUCUGUUCUUCUUGCUACUGAUAAUGGUUUCUUCACUAUCUCUUCUCCCACAUUCAUUAGCACAGCUCCAGCCCUCUCAGCUCCAAUCCCUUCUCACAAUCCAGCAGCUUCUCAACUACUACCCUUCCUCUCUAACCACCAAUGCCUCAGACAUCUGCACCUUUGACCCAGCCCCUGCAUCAUCUCUCACCCUACAGUGCUAUGAAGGCAACAUUACCCAGCUCCACUUCAUUGGCAACAUCAGUGAUGAGGGUGGUGGAGUUCCAGCUUCUCCAUUAUUACUGCCUCAAGAUUUCUCAAGUUCCUCUUUCUUCGACUCCCUUGCUGGAAUCUCUACAUUGAAGGUCUUGUCCAUGGUCUCUCUUGGCCUCUGGGGCCCUCUCCCUCCAACCAUUGGCCAGCUCUCUUCACUUGAGAUACUCAACCUCAGCUCAAACUCCCUUUCUGGAGUCCUGCCAAUGGAACUCUCAUCUCUCAAGAAUCUCCAGACGCUCAUCCUUGACCACAACUACUUCACUGGUGCAGUUCCUGGCUGGCUCACUUCACUCACAGCUCUGGCUGUCUUGAGCCUGGACAACAACUCUUUCGGUGGGUUCCUCCCAGACACUAUGGCAAGCCUUCAGAAUCUUAGGAUUCUCUCGCUGCCAAACAAUCGCUUGUCUGGUGGAGUCCCUGAUCUUCACAACCUGACAAACCUUCAAGUUCUGGACUUGGGAGGCAACAGCCUUGGACCUCAGUUCCCCAACAUCUCCAACAGGUUGGUCUGUCUUGUCCUUAGAAACAACAGCUUUCAUUCUGGGAUUCCUGCGGAGUUUCUGGCUUCAUCCAACCAGCUUCAGAAGCUGGACAUUUCCUUCAAUGGGUUUGAAGGGCCAAUCUCAGCACCAUUGCUGCUCUCACUCCCUUCAAUCAGCUAUCGGGAUGUUUCCAACAACAAGCUCACAGGGAUGCUCUCUCAGAACAUGUCCUGCAAUGGACAGCUCAGUUACGUCGACUUGUCCUCAAAUCGUUUGAGUGGUGAACUACCUGCUUGCCUGAAAGCUGUUGGUUCUAGUACCAGAGUUGUGGUGUAUGCAGACAACUGCUUUUCGGGUAAAGAGCAACACCAGCAUCCUUCAUAUAUAUGUCACAAUGAAGCACUUGCAGUGAAAGUCUACCCACGGGAUAAGGCGAAGCAAACGAAAGUUGGUAGCAAGGUGGUAGUUGUUGCAUCAGGUGCCAUGGGAGGGACUAUUGGAGGGAUUGCCAUUAUCAGCCUGGUUUUCCUGUUUGUGAGGAAAGCUAAUCAUAAGAAUGCUGAAAAAGUGGCCCAAACAAGGCUCAUCAUGGAGAAUGUAUCGACUGUGAACACAGUGAAGCUUCUUUCUGAUGCACGAUACAUAUCACAAACAAUGAAGAUGGGAGCCGGUCUUCCAGCCUACAGAACCUUUGCCUUGGAGGAGCUUAAGGAGGCAACAAACGACUUCAACGCCUCGAAUUUACUAAUUGAAGAUACACACAGACAAGUUUAUAGAGGAAAGCUAACCGAUGGAAGUGAUGUUGCUAUCAAGUGCUUGACACUGAUGAAGAAGCAAAACCAGCAGACGUUUACACAGCAGAUUGAGUUGGCCUCCAAGCUUAGACACGGCCAUUUGGUUAGUGCUCUUGGGCACUGCUCUGAUUGUUGCCAAGAAGAUUCUCCAAGCAUCAGCAAGAUGUUUCUAAUAUUUGAGUUUGUUCCUAAUGGUUCUCUAAGAGACCACAUCUCUGGAGCUCCAGAGAAGAAGCUGACAUGGGUGCAACGGAUAGGGGCGGCCAUUGGAGUUGCUAGAGGGGUUCAGUUCCUACACACAGGAAUUGUGCCUGGGAUGUUUUCAAUCAAUCUGAAAAUCACAGAUGUUCUGAUGGACCACAAUUAUCAUGUCAAAAUCAGUAGCUUCAACCUGCCAACAUUUGAUGGGAGGAAAGGAACAAUGGCUGUAGCAGCUUUUUCAUCAGGACAAAAGCAGAAGUUACAGAACAGGCAAGAAGGCGGCGACAGUAAAGAUGUUGAAGACCUGGGAGUAAUUUUACUUGAGAUAAUAGUUGGAAGGCCCAUCAUGUACAGGAAUGAAGUCAGUGUAUUAAAGGACCUGGUUAGCACAGCAGCUGAUGAUACAGCUCGCAGGAGUAUUGUUGAUCCUGAAGUUCAGAAGGAAUGCUCAGACGAGUCAUUGAGAACAAUGGUAGAGCUAUGCACAAGAUGCCUUUCCGACGAAUCGUCAAUGAGACCAUCCAUUGGAGAUGUACUCUGGAACUUGCAGUUUGCAGCACAAAUUCAAGAAUCAGGGAAGGGUGACUGCUGCCUCCAGAUACAUCAAGAUUCAACUGCCUCUAGUUCUUCCCAGGCCUAACAAUGCACAGGGAUUUGUAUAUGUUCAAAUUUAUUCUUAUUCUAGAUUUAGUUAUGCCUCCAAGAAUAUAGCAACUAUUACAGGAUUUGUGGGAGAUGGUACUUGGUAGGUUGAUUAUGAGCAGUGAAUGGAUAUCGUAUAACUAAGUAAAUCCAGGAGAGAAAUUAAGGCCAUUAUCAAACGUUAACAAACAGCUGUCUGUGGAAAGAAUUGGGAUCCUGAGAUUUAGGCGGUCGCCACCUAUCAUAGAGACAUAGACACAGAACCAUCAUGGUUCGCCUUAGCUUGCUAAAUCAAGGAGCUGAAAUCAUUGAAUCAAUCAAGCAAAUCAAAGCAAACCUCACAGGCCAAUAGUAGAACACUUUGAGUUGUAGUGAAAUAUCUGCUGUGGUAUAAAAGUUGUGUAUAACU